AUGAGGUUAUUUGUGGUCCCAAUCUCGACUAGGAGAGCGUUGAUUUAUGCCAAACUGCUUCGCGGGGAUGUUUCGAAAGAGCGCUCGAUACUAGAUCGGGUCACGAACAAGGCCGCGGAGACAUGGGCUAAAUGGGAGGAGGCCGACAAAGGCUGGAAGAAACACCUCGUGUUGUGGGGGAACCGAGUGCAGCAGCGGAUCCCCUAUGAAGAAUGGGGCCUCAAGAGUAUCCCUUCCCUGAGCGCACAACGCCGGAUUGACGAGUUGCAUGGAACGAGAAAGGUGGAUGUCUUGUUUCCGGGCAAUGCGAUCAAGGAGGAAAAGGUGCUUUCUAUCCUACGCAAACUCGCGACGGAGAGGCAGGACUUGCAUCGUCGAAAAAUGUGGUGGAGUUUUAUCGCUGCUCCCUUUACGGCGCCGAUUGCCCUAAUCCCUGUAAUACCCAAUAUUCCCUUCUUCUACCUCGUUUACCGAGGCUGGUCGCAUUGGCGAGCUUUGAACGGCUCCAAACAUUUGCAAUUUCUGGUCGAAAAGGACCUGCUGAAACCGGUGUCGUAUCCCGGGCUUGUGAAGCUAUAUGCAAAGCGCGUUUCGAGCACAUUGGAAGAGACGGAUCGAAAUGAUCCCGUGUCGGAGAUGGUGGAGGAUGUAGAGAAAAGCGAUGAUAAGAUCCUGCUUCGCAUGGAGGAUGCGAAAAAGCUAGCGACGAUCCUUGAUGCACCAGGGCUUGCAUUGGAAGCGGAGCGAGCCAUCGUUCAAGUUUCAGAGCACCUCAAGGCCCCCCACUCGCCGAAGCAACAAAACGGCACUGCGAAGUCGUCUGAGCAGAAGCAACAGUGA